AUGUUGACUGCCACUUUGUCUCGAGCUACGGCUCGUGCUGCAUCUUCGAGCAGCGCUGGCCUUGCUUCUGUCGCGCUUGGUACGCGCUCACCACUACGUUCGAUCAGGCACAAUGCUGCUUCUACCUUUAUGGAGCGCUCACAAAUGCGCAAGCCCUAUUUCAUGGCAGCACGCUGGUUUGCUACUCCGUCGGGUCAGCCUGGUCCAGAGCAUGACCGAAAGAACGAUAAAGAAUUUCAAGAGUCUAUCGAACGCGGUCUGCGCGAAGCUAAAGCAGGCCAAAAAAUUGACGACGUCCCUGAAGACAUCAAGCACUUUUUCGGCAAGCAUGAGCGUGGUCCCACACCCACGCAUGACGAGAAGCCUCGCUCCAAUGAGGAGUCUAAAAAAACCUCGUCUUCAGGCCCAAAUAAUAACAAGAACAACAAAAACAACAAAAACAAUAAUAACAAUGAUAUGCGUGCCAACAUGAAUAUGAUUAUUGCCACGAUUAUCUCUACGUACAUCUUGUAUCGCUUCACGUCGCCUGAAGCAUCCUCUCGCGAAGUAACUUGGCAAGAGUUCCGCUCUGCCUUCCUCGACAAGGGCUUGGUAGACCGCCUCGUCGUGGUCAAUCGCUCAAAGGUCAACGUGUACUUGCACAACAAUGCUGCAGAAAACAUGUAUGCACUGCAACCCGGCACUCAAAUGCUUGGCUCGCCACAGUACUGGUUCAGUGUGGGCAGUGUGGAGGCAUUUGAGCGUCACCUUGAGGAGGCCCAACGCGAGCUUGGAAUUCCAUCGAAUGAGCGUAUUCCAGUCGCGUACCAUGAGUCUAUCAGUAUGGCUUCCACGCUUCUCCACUUCGCCCCAACCAUUAUCCUUGCAGGCCUUCUCUUCUACUUCACUCGUCGUGCUACUGGCAGCGCAGGCAGUGGCGGCGGCGGCGGUAUUUUUGGUAUCGGAAAGAGCCGCGCCAAGCUUUUUAACCAGGAGACAGACGUAAAAGUCAAGUUUGAAAAUGUCGCAGGUAUGGAUGAAGCGAAGCAGGAGAUUAUGGAAUUUGUGAGCUUCCUUAAAAACCCCGAACGCUAUGAGCGGCUCGGCGCUAAGAUUCCACGUGGCGCUAUCUUGAGUGGACCCCCUGGUACUGGUAAAACGCUUGUUGCUAAGGCUACGGCGGGAGAGGCUGGUGUUCCGUUCUUGAGUGUAUCUGGUUCGGAGUUCGUCGAGAUGUUUGUUGGUGUGGGUGCCUCGCGUGUCCGUGACAUGUUUGCCACGGCGAAGAAGAUGGCGCCUUGCAUCAUUUUUGUGGAUGAGAUUGAUGCGAUCGGUAAGUCGCGUGGCAAGGGUGGCAACUUUGGCGGUAACGACGAACGUGAGAGCACACUGAACGAGCUACUUGUACAAAUGGAUGGUUUCAGCACGAAUGAGCAUGUUGUCGUAUUAGCUGGUACUAAUCGUCCUGAUGUGUUAGACCAAGCUUUACUUCGUCCUGGUCGUUUUGAUCGUCAUAUUGCGAUCGAUCGCCCGGACAUCAGUGGCCGCUGUGCUAUUUUCCAUGUGCAUCUAAAGCCAUUGAAGUUGGCAUCAGAUGUGAACACGGACUUGCUGGCCGAGAAGCUCAGUACGCUGACGCCUGGGUUCAGUGGUGCGGACCUUGCCAACGUUUGCAACGAGGCUGCACUCAUCGCUGCUCGACUUGAGGCGCCUGCCAUCGACGAAAGCCACUUUGAAUUGGCCAUCGAGCGUGUGAUUGCUGGUCUUGAACGCAAAUCGCGUGUGCUGAGUCCAGAGGAGAAGACGACGGUAGCAUAUCAUGAAGCAGGCCAUGCUGUGUGUGGAUGGUUCCUUGAGUACGCUGACCCGCUUCUCAAGGUAUCGAUCAUUCCACGUGGUGUGGGUGCUUUGGGCUAUGCUCAGUACUUGCCAAAGGAGCGUUAUCUGUUUAGCACGGAGCAGUUGCACGACCGCAUGUGCAUGACAUUGGGCGGUCGUGUGUCGGAAGAGCUGUUCUUUGGUCGCAUUACGACUGGUGCACAAGAUGAUCUUUCAAAGAUCACGCGCCUGGCUUUCGAGAUUUGCGCAUCAUACGGUAUGAAUGACAAGCUGGGCCCCGUGUCAUACCGCACAGAACAGGAGUCCAUGCACAAGCCAUAUUCAGAACGCACGGGUGAGCUGCUGGACGAGCAAGUGCGUGCCCUGGUGAUGGAAGUGCAUGCACGCACAACUAAGCUGCUAACGGAACACAAGGCAGACGUGGAGAAAGUGGCAAAGCUGCUCCUGGAACGUGAAGUCAUCACGCGCGAGGACAUGACCAAUCUGCUCGGUAAGCGGCCGUUCAAGCAAGCGGAUGAGGCCGAUGAGUAUUUGGACAAGAAGGGUCGUCUCGCUCGCAAGGGCGAGUCGAGUGCGCCUCCUCCCCCACAGGACGAGCUGCAGCAGGAUCCACACCUUGCCUCGUCCCAGUCUGAGAUUCCCCCGCCGUAA